GGUAGUGACAUAACAGUAACAUAUCCUCAAAGCAACGCUGCUUCCGCGUAUUGUGUAAGCCAGAAGCGGAAAGUGAUUACACUUGUAGGGAAAAAUCGAAAUCUGAACUUGCAACUUAAUCAAAUUAGUAAAACUCGUUAGUUGUGCGAGCAUUAACGACAAAAAUUUCAAGCCAGUUAAUUGCUAUAAAGUAAAGUUAAGCCACAAAAUUGAAAGUGAAGCAAAUAGCUAACGCUGUAUACAUACACAUAUGUAUGUAAUACUAGCAAAAAUUUGCUCGCCACCCACGCAUAAAGCCAAAGAAGCGACAGCCUACAACCUGACUUUGUCAACGUGUUAGCGAAAAAAUCGAUAUUCCUUAAUAUUUACGUAAAUUAUAAAUAAAACGCAAAAGAUGUGGAGAGUGCAGGGCAAAGUGAAAUUUUAGCACAAGCCAACAACGAAAAACAAACUUUAAGCAAUUUGCUAUUAUUUUAUGUGAAAUUAUAGUUUGAUAGUGUUGUGGUGAAGGGCAAUUGUGCGAAAAUCAUCGUAGAUAUCAAGCGCUUCUACAUACUCGUACAUAGUACAUAAGUAUUUACUUAAUUGAGGCUUUGCUCUGUGUUGUCUUUUUGGGAGCGCUAAGUUACAAUGGCGGAUGCUGUGAGCACGAUUGAUGCAUCGAAGGACAUGCAAGACUGUAGUGAAAGGCCAGCUGAAGUUUGUCAGAGCGAUAGUGGCGGUGGUGCCAUCUUGCGUAACACAAAGCAAUUGACAGCAUUGCCGCUGGCUCAGCAGGCCAACAACGAACAAUCGAAUGAUGAGCAGCUGUAUUGCGCAACAAGCAGCAGUAAGCCAACAACAGACAUUACCGCCGCCGCAGCUACGUCACCAGUCACAGGUAUGUCUUCGCUGCCAUCGACGCCUACUACCACGUCGUCAGCAGUUGUCGUGCACUUCUUUGCCAGCUUCCAUCGGAUUUGUGUGGUGACUGCUCUGCUUCCAUUGGUGACGUUGUUCACCUGCUUCGUCACCGCAUACGUCUUCCAAUAUGAUGAUGUGCACGAAACACAUUGCCGUGUCUACAACAUUGUACCAUCGAUAAGUGCCAUUACCGGUGUCAGUCCACAACGCUACUUCUGGCGCCUGAGUAUUGCCUUACACAUUGGCCCACGUUUCCCCAUCGCCUUUGUGUACAAGAAUUUCUAUCGCAGCAUGUUGGGCAAUUUGCAGCAACGUCGGCCGCACCUGGUGCCGAAGGCUGACCUAUUGAUUAGCUUAAUUUUAAUUUUGAACAUCAUCGAAAUUUCAUCGUUGGGCGGCGUCACAUACAUUUCGAAUAGAGAGAAUUAUCCAAUUCACGAGAAAAUCUUCAUCACAUUCAUGGUUUGCUCACUCUGCUACAUGUUGGCUACGAUCAAAUUGCAUGGAAUGCUCUUUGAAGAAGAAAGUCAACUUUUGCCCGUACAACGUGAGUCAAUCAAAUGGAAGAAAAUACUAUUCGCCAUCUCUAUUGUGAGUACCGUCGGUUUGCUCUUUUUCUUUGCCAAGCAUCGUUUCUACUGUCACGAUUUAGCCUUCAGUUGGUUCGCUUUCUUCGAGUAUGUGAUCGCCAUUGCGAAUAUGCUUUUCCACUUUACAAUCAUUUGGGAUUUUCCAUCGCAAUUUAUGAUAAUCGUGCAAGGACCAAAAAAUCGAAUUGAAGAAGUCUUCAAGCGAGCGAGUGGCAAAUGGGAGUAAGCCACUGAUAUUUACGCAUAGUACUUAUGUACAUACAUACAUAUAUAAAUAUGUACAUAGAUUUGUGCAUAAAUUGUGUGUCAUAUUAUAAAUAAUAGUUGUGAAUUUCUGAUGAGUAGUAGCUAUGGACAGGUGCAUACAUAUUUAGAUUAGGUUUUUGGUGCGAAAAAUCAAUUCGAUUUGAUUGUGUGUGAAGAAAGACGUUUGAGUAUCCUCGAAGCGCGCUUCCAUUGAGAAUUCUCAUAACUUCGAUACUUAAUUAUGGUUUAUUAAAUUUUUAUUGUUUUUGAAAAUUACGCGACAUACAUCAGUAUGUUUGUAUGUUUGUAUGUAUUGUAGUGUGAAGGUAAAAGUCUCCUAAAAGCAGUUUGCAAAAAGUCAUAGUUGAAUCCAUUUUAAAAACUAUAAAUAGUACGAGUAUUUUAAACUACAAAUAUUUAAGCAGCUAAGUUUUUUAAUUUUUAAAAUAAGUUUUAAGGCAUAAUAGUUUUAUUUCCUACUUAAAUAUUACUUACUAGCAUAGAUUUGAAAUACUAGUUUUGUGAAAGUUUUAAAUUAACGCAACGAUACAAAUUUUAAUUGCACUUAUAAAAAUA